AUGCAACAUGCAACCCCGUAUCCAACAGCGAUUCUGAACCUAUUUUACUUGCGCCAGAAUCAAUCGAAGAAUUCGGAACAUGGAUUAUUGAGGAUAAUCCAGGAAGUCACGACAAUACAUUACGACGUGGUCGAGGAGGCAGUGCCGGAGAAAAACUUCACUAUCAGCUGUGAUCAAGCGGUAUCAGCACCUUCGUUGGUGCGAGGAGAGAGAAUUAAAUUUUUCAAACAUUUUGAUGUUAAAAGGGAUUCAAGAACAAGCAAUGAAGGACUGUCGGCGUAAGAAGAAGCAGAAGUCAAUCACAGACUUUUUCCAAGUGCAAAAAAACCGUAUUGUGUUUGAAAUAUUUUAC